AUGGAGCCAAACUUAAAACUUGACAAAGGAGAGACCGAACAAAGGGUUGAUGCUAGUCUAUACCGCCGAUUGAUAGGACGCUUACUUUAUUUGCAGGCGACCAGACCAUAUAUCACAUAUGCGGUCAAUGUUUUGAGCCAAUUUGUUAGUGACCCAAGGCAAAAUCACUUGGACGCUGUCCAUCGCGUCCUUCGGUACCUUAAAGCCACCAUUGGUCAAGGGAUCCAUUUAUCACGAUCCGGAGGAUACGGUCUUACGGCUUACUGUGACUCCGACUGGCUCGGCUGUCCCUUCAUAAGAAGAUCACGAACGGGAUACUUACUCCUCCUCGGAGGUCCUCCGGUCUCGUGGAAAACUAAGAACAAACAGUUGUCUCUCGAUAUUCAGCUGAAGCGGAAUACCGCUCCAUGGCUGCCACCGUUAGUGAAAUUCUAUGGUUGCAUUGGCUGCUACACGAGUUAG